AUGCAAGAACCAGACUCACCAGGACCCUUCUCAAGGGAAAGUGAGAAAGCAAGUUGCUGGUGGAUGCAGGAUGUUUGUACCAGUUCCCAGAAAGAUUUCCUGAGGCUUUCUGCAUGGACCACAUCUCCCUGCUAUAAUUCAUCAGAAGGCUGUCCAGAGGAGUUUCUGAAAGCUAAUACAGGCUCUCCAGACUUUGAGGGACAUCUGAAGUCAUUCCCAAUUUCUUUCAAACAGCAGGAUCUCUCUGCCAUCUCCUUCUUCCAGUUUCAGCUACACAGGGAAGAAAGCUUACUGAGAAAUAUCUCAUUGGACAAACUGCUCGCACCUGAUGAAAAUGGCAAUAGGCUGCUGCACAAGGCCGUUUCUCAGGGAAGAAGAGCUCUGACUUACGUACUUGCACGGAGAUUUGCAUCCCUAAAUAAAAUCGAUGAGAAGGACGCAGAGAAACGGACUGCAUUACAUCUUGCUGCAGAAAAGAACCAACACUUGAUGGUCAGUGACCUGAUUUCUCUGGGAGCCAAUGUCAAUGAACAGGACAGCUUAGGGAAAACUCCUCUUCAUCUCUGUGCAGAGAACGGAUAUUUGAGAGUUCUACAAGUUUUGAAAAACUUCAAAGAAAAUGGCAUGGGUGUAGAAGUGAACCUAACUGAUCAUUAUGGUUUAACACCGCUACACUGUGCUGCACUCUCUCACACUGUCUUAGUAAUGGAAUCUCAGAAAACUGACACCAGUAGUGACAUGGGAAGAUUUCUCAAAUUACGCAGAGAUCAAGUUCUUGAGGGAAUUAAUUGCUUAUUACAAAUGGGAGGAAAACCUGAGCUGCAGGGUUGUGGUUUGCUAGAUGCCCUAAGAAGAAUGCCUUACGUCUCACCACCAGAUAACAUUUCUGAGCUUUUUCCAUUUUCAUCUUCAGACUUCCUUGACAUCAUUCUCAAAGUUAAGCCUGGCCAUGAAAACGACAGGUUUUUCUGGCUCGAGGGCCUGAGACCUUCAAAUUCCACAUCAAAAACAGUAUUUACUGGCAUCUUAAAUCCUAUCACAUGCAUUGAUGCUAAUGUUACCAUCAUGUUCAUUGUCUCCAAGGAGCAUUACCCAAUUUAUGAUGUAAACAAUCUGUACAAUACAAAUGCUGACUUUGACUGGGGGGACUUCCGGAGCCUUGCAGAGGAAGUCAGAGAGGCCUCUUCAAGCUUCCUUCUCUUCCUUUUCCAGUUCCGUCACCCUGCCUUCUUCUUAAAAAGAGGUAAUAUUUGGGAACCUGAAGAACAGAUAGACCUCGAGUCAUUCAACACCAAUGUUUUCUUCGAGCUUCUGUUGAGACAGUCUCUGUCAGUCACAACCCAUUUGGGUCAUUUCAAAGAAGAGGUGAAAACUAUGUAUCACAAGCUUACGAGUGAAAUAUCUCUACUGAAAGAACUUUGGAUGACAACACUGAGUAUCCCAGAAGGAUCUGAGUUUUAUGAGAGCACAAUGAUUGAGAGUUACUCAAAAACCAAGCAGCAGGCAGAAGAAGAGAUGCAGCACAGGAAACAGCUGGCUGCUGAAUAUGAGGAAAGCAUGAACAAACAAAUGCACUUACUACACCAUGAUCUGAAGUGCCAGGAAGAGCAUUAUGUCCUGUUCAAUUCUGUCCUGCGAGAAGCAGUGAGAUUGAUAGAGAUGCUGACGAAUAAGGUGGCUGGUAGAAAACAACAAACGAUAUGGUCUCCACUGGAAUAUCAAAGCUUGUUAGCCCGGAUAGAUACUGCAAGCAGCAUGAUGACAAGCACAGUAAUAAAGGAAAGUCACCGCCUCAAAGCAUGGGGAGUGCUGGGUGAAGGAAUGGGAGCUUACCUUCUUAACAAAACUAAAACCAGGAUUCUUAUCAAGCAGGAGCUAGCGGGUGAGCUUCGCAAGUCUGAAGUGCCCAUAUUUCCCUAUAUUCCUUACCCAAUUUGUCCCAACACCGGUUUACCUGUGAAGACAAAACUUCCAGCACUACGUCCUGAAAAAAUGUUUCACCUGGGAGGACUCAUGCUAGACCCAGUGACAGAAAUAGAAGUGCCAGUGCUUGCUGUCACAAUCCAUCCUCACACUGGGCAAAAGCUGUCCGUUGGUGGGACAUACCUGAACCCGCUAACCGGCACAGUGACGCCUCUGGAGAUUGGCGGACCCAUGACUGAGCCAGAGGGAGGCAAGAUUGUUCCAAUACUUGGGGUCAGUUUGGAUAACAACACCGGAGAAGUUAUACCUGUAGGUGGACUUGUCAGUCCUUGUGGAAACCCAAUGCUUCUUGGAGAUACCUUCACUGAACCUCUGAGUGGGAAAACAGCUCGGGUAUACGGAGCUCAUCUUGAGCAAGACAAAGUGCUGCCCCACGCUGGAAGUUACCGAGCAAUGUUGGAAGCUGACUGGCUUAUAUCUCAGACCCAUGUAGUGAAUGCUGUGAAGCAGUAUAAAGAGACAGUUCUGGAAGAUGCCUGUUUAGCAGCAGACAAAUUGGCAGCACUUAAGGCUUCAAUAGAAAAUAUGAAAAAGUCCUUUACCAUUGUAUUUUAUCAUGCAAUGCAUUGCCUGCAAAGCCUAGAGAGAAAACAGAAAAUAGCUUCAAGUCUCAAGAACAAUGGUGGUAAAUUGGGGAUGAUCAAAUACCCUGGAACAGAGAUGUGGAUCCCUGCAGUGUUUGGAAUGAAAAUCCCAGAUCCUAGCGGGUCCAGGUUCAUGGUGCCAAUUCUGGGAAUAGACUGUGACUGCAACCCCAGGCAGCCUUCCGUGCUCGCAGGAACUAUGGAAGAUGCAGACGGAAAAGGCCUUGUCCCUAUUGCUAUUGGGGCCAGAACCAUAAGUCCUAUUACAGGUGAAAUUGGGCCUGUUAUAGGUGCUCAAACCAAUCCCUGGACACACAAUGUAAUUCCUACAGUUCAGUCCUUAGGAGCCUUACCAAGAGGAGUGACAGAUCCAGAUCUGAUGAAGCACAAGGAAAAAGUGAAAGACACUGAGAAAAUAUGUCAUCUUCUUGAACGGUCCUCUCUGCAGGAAGCUGAGAGAAGAACCUCAAAAUAUUUCAGCAGCCAACUGGGAACUGAAUUAUCCUUCCUAUGCAAAGUUGACAGAGAUGAAAAAGAACAAGAAAUACAGGUUCUGAUGGAGAUCAGAAAGGCACUGGAAAAGCUGAUGCAGUUCACGAAAAAAAUGCAGCUGCAAGAAGACCGAAUAGAAAUGCAGCUGACAGAGAAAGAACAGGAAGGGAAUCACUUCUUGAACGCUGAGACAGUAACAAAUCUGAAGUUCAGAAAGGUCAUACUUGCCUUAGCCUCUGAGUUUCAGGAAUGCAUACUGAAACAACAAGCCAAGGUGGAGACUGCAUACGCCAAACUGGAAUACGUGAGGGACUGGUCAACAAUCCAGACCCAGCAGGCAAAGGUGCUUUUCUCCGGGUCACGACAGUGUUUUGAGAACUAUCAGACGGCCAUGUUUUAUGGCAUUAUUGGGUUGCCACAUGGUUCAGGCAAGAUCAUCCAUCAAAAACUGAUCCCACUACUCAAGUCUGUGGUUUAUAUGCUGGAGGAAAAUAGCAGGAGUAUAAUAUCACCUGAGACACCAGGCUACUCAUCAAGAAGCACUUUAAGAGCAUCUGCUUCUCAUUCAGUGGCAUUAAGAACUGAAACCAGUCAGGAAAAUGCUUCAGCUUCCACGGGAUCAUCUCUUCUGCCCACUUUACAUUCAGCGAGGAUCAGACAUUUAAAACAAGAAAUCCAGACAAGGUUUGUCUUAGAGAAGCACGCUUGUGAACUGGCACUUCUGGAGCUAACCCUCCUGAUGGAAGAAAUAAAUGCAAUCUGUUACUUUUGUGAAUCUUCCAAAGCUAAGGAAAAGGAAGACCAGAGGGGAAAUUGGUCUGUGGAUCAAGAUAACAUCACAGCCAAUGAACUGCAGAAAUUCAGAGAGCAGAAAAUAAGAAAACUGAAGGAUCAGCUUAAAGUCUUCCUGGGAAAUAAAAGAGCAGAGAAGAGUACCUCAAGUAAUUUUGACCCACUGCAGAACCUAGCGAAACGAUACAGUGAAGCACAAUCCUUCUUAGGGAAGGAUUUUCAUCCAGAUUUGGAAGAGCUGAGAAUAAGACUAGAAGAAGGAAAAGAAGACGACACACAGCAGAAGAACAGUUCCCUGUCAUCCAUCACUGAGUCUUCCUGGAUUCCGGGGAUACACCAAGAGGCAGAUGACCAGCUGCUAUUAUUCCUGACUAAGAAAAAGCCAUGA